GGCCAGAUUAAGUGACCAUGGAAUACGAAAAGGAAAAAUGAAGAUAUAUCUAUGUACGGGCGCUGCUGUCGGAAUGGACAUGUCGUUGACAUUGCCUGCCAUACAGGCAUACAUUCGUUGGAACCAUAACCCCUAGCCUUCAAUUCUCAAAUAAUUAGACCACCAUGGGACUUAAGACACUCUUUCUGGUCCUCGCGGGCCUUACUUUCAUCGCGCGCAUCGUCAGCGAGAAAUGGAGGCACUAUCAAAAUGCCAAGCGCCUGGGCUGCCGGCCAGCGCCCAUGGCACCAUCCAAGGACCCCCUCGCUAUCGGCGAUAUUCUGGAGAUUAUCCAGGCGGACAAGAACAAGGUGGUGCCUGAGCUCCUCGAGAGCCGCACUAAUAUCAUGCGCGACAUUGCCGGACGCUACGUUUCGACCUUCCGUCUCAAGAGAGGUCUGGGCGAGAACAUGCUCACCUUUGACCCCGAGAACCUCCAGGCCAUGUUGGCCAAGCAGUUCAAAGACUUUUCCGUUGGUGGUGAGAGACUGGGAUGCAUGGGCCCGUUGUUGGGCAAAGGAAUCUUCAUCAACGACGGGGCCGAGUGGUCGCACUCACGUACAAUGCUCCGACCCCAGUUCACCCGGGACCAGAUCAGCGACCUGCGUCUGGAAGAGCGCCACGUCCAAAACGCCAUGCGCGCCAUACCCGCCGCUGGAAGCAACGGCUGGACCGAGGUCGACAUUCAGAGCAUCUACUUCCGCCUCACCCUCGACUCCGCAACCGAGCUCCUCUUCGGCGAGAGCUGCUACUCCCAGCUGGCCGCCAUGGGUGACGCCGAGGACCACAUGGCCAGUGGCGGCAAGGUGACUGACUUUGGCAAGUACUUUGACCGCGCCCAGUGGUACAUGGCGCAGCGCCUACGUCUACCUCGCAUGAAGUUCCUGUACGACGGCAAAGAGUUUCGAACCUGCUGCCAGGAGGUUCACCGUUUCGUUGACGAAUGCGUCGCCAAGGCCCUGCACGACCACAAGAAGAAGCAGCAGCCCGAGGAAGGCGCGUCCGAGCAUUACAUCUUUGUCCACGCCAUGGCCGCAACCACCAAGGACCCGAUCGAGCUGCGCUCCCAGCUGCUCAACGUCCUGCUCGCCGGCCGCGAUACCACCGCCGCGCUGCUGAGCUGGACCACCCUGCUGCUCUCCCGCCACCCAGAGGUCUUCCGUAAGCUGCGCGAGGCCAUCAUCGCCGACUUCGGCACCUACGAGAACCCCCAAAACAUCACCUUUGCCACCCUCAAGGCCUGUACGUACCUGCAACAGGUUAUGAGCGAGACGCUCCGCCUGUUCCCGCCCUUGCCCACCAACGCCCGCUACGCCACCAAGGACACCAGCCUGCCCCGCGGCGGCGGCCCCGACGGCCAGAGCCCCGUGUACAUCAAGAAGGGCCAGGCCGUCCUGUACAACGUGCACAUGUUGCACCGCCGCGAGGAUGUCUGGGGCAAGGACUCGGGCGAGUUCAAGCCCGAGCGCUGGGAGGCCCGCCGCUCCGGCUGGGAGUACCUCCCCUUCAACGGUGGGCCGCGCAUCUGCAUUGGCCAGCAGUUCGCCCUCACCGAGGCUGGCUACGUCCUUGUCCGGAUGCUCCAGCGCUUCGACGGAAUUGAGGAUGUCAACGCCGACCAGAGAAUCAGGUGGGGCUUGACCCUGGUCAGCGCUCCUGGUGACACGGUCACGGUGCGCCUCCACGAGGCUAGCCGGUGAAAAGGAGCAGGACUCUCCUUUAACACUCCUUCGACUUUCCUUCGACAAAUAUACGACAUUUCAUUUUCAGCUUGUAAAAAUUGUCAUACUUUCUAUUGUUGUUUUAUAUCUCUCCUUGGUUCUGAUGUCAUUUUUGUAAUAGUUAGUACAGUGUAUGGCGGGUACUUUGGAACGGAUAGGUUGUCUGAGCCUAAGCACUGUUGUCUAUGUUAAUACUGUAUUCUAUGCUUUCUUCGCUUGUAUAUACUGGGGGAAAAAAUGAAAACUUCGGGUGAUAACAGAACCUCAUUGUACAGAUCCAGCACGGCCAAUGAACAUUGU